CUCGGCCGCAGCCGGAAACCGGUCCCGCGCGGAGACCGGGACCCGGACCGCGAGCAGAGCCGGAAACCCGCCAUGGCCGGGCCGCGGGGCGCGCUGCUGGCCUGGUGCCGCCGCCAGUGCGAGGGCUACGGCGGCGUGGAGAUCCGCGACCUGAGCAGCUCCUUCCGGGACGGCCUGGCCUUCUGCGCCAUCCUGCACCGGCACCGGCCAGACCUGCUAGAUUUUGAUUCCCUUUCCAAGGACAAUGUCUUCGAGAAUAACCGUCUGGCCUUUGAAGUGGCUGAAAAGGAGCUGGGAAUCCCCGCCCUCCUGGAUCCCAAUGACAUGGUCUCCAUGAGUGUCCCCGACUGCCUCAGCAUCAUGACCUAUGUGUCCCAGUACUACCACCACUUCACCAGCCCCAGCCAAGGUGGCGUCUCACCGUCCAGGAAGGACCUGGCCACCUCACCCCCACCAUCGGCAGUGCCCUCCCCCGCUGAACCAGGAGAUGACACUCAGAGCAAGGAGCUGUCCUCAGGUAGCCUGUCGGAGCAGGGCACCCAGCGGGCCCCUAGCAGCAUCUGUGCAGCCUGCCAGCAACAUGUGCACCUGGUGCAGCGGUACCUGGCCGAGGGCAGGCUGUACCACCGCCACUGCUUCCGGUGUCGGCAGUGCUCCAGCACCCUGCUUCCUGGGGCCUACAAGAGCGGCCCAGAGACGGGAACCUUUGUGUGUGCCGAACGCUGUACCAGGCUGGGCCCAGGGGGACAGGCAGGAACUAGGCCUGGGCCUCCCUCACAGCCAAAGCCACAGCAACUUGCAGAAGAACCCAGGGAUGGCGAGGAAGGCGGCUCCACCCCCAGUGUGGCUACAGGACGACCGGCCAUCCCCGAGGCCCGGCCACAUGUCCCCACCAAGCCCCCGCUUCCGGGAAAACCCCAGGAACUGAGCAGCCCCGUCUCUGGCCGGCCCACGCCUGCCCCCAGGAAGGCCUCUGACAGCAUGGCACCAACGCCCCCCACGCCGCGGCCCCGGUCCAGCCUGCAGCAGGACAGCACAGCAGACCAGGGUGGCAGCGGUGGCCUUGUGAACGGAAGACUCCAGGAGCCCCCUGUCCCCAAGCCCAGAGGGACACCCAAGCUGUCAGAGAGGACGCCACCCUCCAGAAAGGAGCCCCCGUGGAUAGCACUGGUGCAGGCAGAGCCCAAGAAGAAGCCAGCCCCGCUGCCCCCCAGCAGCCCCAGGCCACCCAGCCGGGCCGGCAGGCAGGUGGAGAAUGGUGGCUUGGAGGAGGCUCCCCAGCACAGCCCGGCAGCCGGGGCCAGCUGCGAGCCCAAGCCCUACAACCCCUUUGAGGAUGAGGAGGAGGAGGCGGAGGAGCCAUCUCCAGCAGCACCCAGCCCGGCCCCUAGUGCUGCCCAGGCGCCGCCCCCAGAGUCCACCCCCAAGUCCCUGCACCCCUGGUACGGCAUCACGCCCACCAGCAGCCCCAAGACGAAGAAGCGCCCUGCUCCCCGUGUGCCCAGCGCGUCCCCGCUUGUUCUCCACGCCUCCCGCCUCUCGCACUCGGAGCCCCCCUCGGCCACGCCGUCGCCGGCCCUUAGCAUAGAAAGCCUUGCGUCCGAGAGCUGCAGCCAGACAGCAGCUGGGGAGCUUCUGGAGCCGCCAGCUGUGCCCAAGAGCUCCUCAGAGCCUGCUGUCCACGCCCCUGGCACCCCUGGGAACUCGGCCAGCCUCUCUGCCCACUCCUCCCUAUCCUCGUCUGGGGAGCUGGUGCAGCCCAGCACGGAGCGGGUGCCUCAGACCAGGACGACAGGCAGCUCGGGCUCCCAGCCGGCCAAGCCCUGCAGCGGCGCCGCCCCCACACCUCUCCUGUUGGUUGGUGACAAGAGCCCUGCGCCGUCCCCUGGAAGCUCGUCCCCACAGCUGCAGGUAAAGUCUUCCUGCAAGGAGAAUCCUUUUAACCGGAAGCCAUCGCCUGCCGCGUCUCCAGCUGCAAAGAAGGCCACCAAGGGACCCAAGCCAGUGAGGCCACCUGCCCCAGGACAUGGCUUUCCGCUCAUCAAACGCAAGGUCCAGGCGGACCAGUACGUCCCCGAGGAGGACAUCUAUGGAGAGAUGGAUGCCAUCGAGCGCCAGCUGGAUGCGCUGGAACACCGCGGGGUCCUGCUGGAAGGGAAGCUGCGAGGAGGGGCCCAUGAGGGCCGCGAGGACGACAUGCUGGUGGACUGGUUCAAGCUCAUCCACGAGAAGCACCUGCUGGUGCGGCGCGAGUCCGAGCUCAUCUACAUCUUCAAGCAGCAGAACCUGGAGCAGCGUCAGGCUGACGUUGAGUACGAGCUCCGGUGCCUUCUCAACAAGCCGGAAAAAGACUGGACAGAAGAAGACAGGAGCCGGGAAAAGGAGCUGAUGCGGGAGCUCAUGACCCUCAUCGAGCAGCGCAACGCCAUUGUCACCUGCCUGGACGAGGACCGGCAGAGGGAGGAAGAGGAAGACAAGAUGCUGGAAGCCAUGAUCAGGAGGAAGGAGUUCCAGAAGGAAGCUGAACCCGAGGGCAAGAAGAAGGGGAAGUUCAAGACCAUGAAGAUGCUGAAGAUGCUGGGAAAUAAGCGUGACACCAAGAGCAAGUCCCCCGGGGACAAGAGCUGACAGCGAGGGAAGCCACCGGGACUGCCCCCGCCUGGGUCGCACGGUCAGGGGAGCACCCUCUGCCCUCGGAUCAGCCGAGGGCUGAGACAGCUCAAGGGCAGGGAGCCUCUGGGUGACCUCUCCCGUCUCAGGGUCCUCCGGCUGCUCAGGGCACCCUCUUCCCAGCACCCACACAGCUGGGACGCAGCCUGCCCCGCCAGGGUCUGACAUACCCAGAUGCCUUGAGGGACCCAAAGAGCAGGGGCCAGGGAGGGUGGUGGCUGAGCACGUGCACCUGCUCAUCCCGCCCAGCCCAGCCCAGCCCAGCCCCUGGCCUGGCGGGGAAGCUUCUUGGCUGCUCUCCCUGCUGCACACACCAGGCAGGAUAUUCGGACCCCCAGUGCCCUCUGUAGGCCUCUGGACUGCUCCUCGUGGCUGGCCAGCAGCGGGGCUGCCUGACUGACUUCCUCCUGCCCAGCCGGGACCCUGUCCAGUGCAGGUGCCUUGAAUCUCACGUCCCCUGGCUCAGGCGCUCUAUUUAUGAAGUCUCCAGUUGAGUUUGAGCUGGUCACUGAGUGGUCCGUGCUGUGUCAGAUGCGAAUGGGCCCAACGGGCAACUCACCUCUGCCUCCCUGAGUUCCUUCCAUGGGAAGCCUCACCACACAGGGCCCUGAUGGCUGUCCCAGGGCCGGUGGGCACCCCCGCUCGCUGUCCCAGUGCUGAGUCUCCUGCAGAGGGUCUUUGGGGGGCAGCCCUAAGUCAGAGCUCUUGUCCCCAUCCUCAGCCUAGGGAGGUGCGCUUCAGGUAGGUGCUAACUCUGGUCCUUUAGUAAGUCUGACCCCUCAUUUAGGCGUUCCUCCCCCAGCCAUGCCUGGGGGUCGGGCCCAUUUCCGUUUGUUGUCAUCGCUACUCUGUAUUCCGUUGUCUGUUUCCUCCUGACUCCUUCCCACCAGAGGACUGAUGGCCACCAACCCACGGGGUGGCUGUGGAAGAGGAUGAGCAAUGACACAACUUUUGUCCAGGGACUGUGCCCGGUAGCUCUGGGUCAAAGCACUGUUCGAUAAGCUCUGUCUGGGCACUGCAGGCCCCUCCCUCAGGCAGCUCGGGGAAGGGGCCGCACUGUGUUAACUUGAGGAUGUUCCAACAAUAAAUGGAGACAACCUGA